AUGGCCAGACGUGAUUAUUCCUCCUUGCCUGAUGAGAUCCAAGAGCAGAUUCUCCUGAAACUACAAUGCUUUAAGUCUAUUCUGACAUGCACUUCUGUCUGCAAAUCAUGGCAUGCUUUAAUAAAAUCACGCCGCUUCAUCACCAUGCACCUCUCUCGUCCACAUAGUAAUACAGAGUAUUUUCUCUGCACUUAUCUUGAACCAUUUUCUCAUUCGAUUUUAUGUUAUAAUAGCCAAAAACUCGAAAGCUAUCGUGACUUGAUUUUUCCUGUGAGAAGGGUUAAAGUGCUUGGGAGCUGCCAUGGGCUAAUUUGCUAUACCAACUUAGAUGAUGUUUUUAGUCAAAUUUAUCUAUGGAAUCCUACUAUUCGGAAAUUGAAAAUUCUUCCAAAAUCCAAAUAUUUAUCAAAGUGGGCUGCUUAUGGAUUUUUGUACGACACGAUUUCUGAUGAUUAUAAGGUUGCAAAGAUCUCUUGCACAGGGGUAUUUAGGGUUGAGGUGUAUAGUUUAAGCAGCAAUUCAUGGGAUCUGAUCGCUACUAGUGGUCCUUCAUAUUCCAAGACUUUCUUUGAUAAUGUUGUACAUGUUAAUGGUACUUUGUAUUGGUUGGCAUCGGAUGAAAGAAAUCGAUGGCACUCAAGGAGAAAUUGGAGGAUUAUUUCUUUAAAUAUGAAAGAUGUAAUGUUUCGAGAGACUCUACUUUGGCCUCUAGAGGAAAGCAAAUCAGGUGUCAAGUUUGAUAUAUUGGGGGCAGGCAGUCGUGUCAUUCUUUUGUUUUCUUUCUUUAACUCGGGAACAAACCAUAUGGGCAUACAUGUGUAUGAUGAAAAUUUGAAUGAACUACAUAGGUAUGAUUCUGGAAGUAGUUACAAAGAAUAUCUUAAUCCACUGGGUGAGAGAAACAGCGGCAAUGAAGUUCUGCUUCAGAAGCUUGGGACUGAUGCACCAAUUGUGGUUUUUGAUGUAGGGGAAUUCAAAUUCAAGGAGUUUUGUUCCUCAACCAAAUCUAUUUUCCGGGCAAUACCUUUUGUGGAGACCCUGGUUCUACUUGACGACGGAGACUCUAGAUCACUUCCAAAUGCUCGAUAACAGAGUGUCAUUCGUAAUGCCAUAGGCUGCUGCUGCUGCUUCUUUUCUGUAAUAUAGAGAAUGUUCUGCUUGAUGCAUAAUUGCAUAGGUGCAGCAGAACAAAUAGCACUGUAUAUGAUGCGGAAAGAAAUGUUUAAUUGAUUUUCUAC